AUGCCCUCCGCAUUGAGCCCUUCCGAAGCUUUGCCCUUACCCAAGUGGAAGCGGCCAGCCAAGACGUCGCAUGACCUCCCUUGGGCCGAUAUAAAGGUCCUAAACCUCUCAACCUUUGACGAACCCGGCGGCAAGGAGAAGCUUGCCGAAGAGCUGCGAGAUGCGCCAGCUGACAGACCACCAGGGCACAACACGGGCUUCUUCAGCGUGACGGGGACCGGCCUCACAGAAGAGGAGAUCCAGCGGCAGUACGACAUCGGGCAGGCCUUCUUCGCCCUCCCGCACGAGGAAAAGGCCCAGCCGAAGUACAAGUGCGACUUCGCGAGCGGUAAUUAUUUCGGCUACCGCGAGCUCCACGAGCGCACCGUCCGCGGCACCGAGGUCCGCGACAACGUCGAGUCCUACAACCACGCCAAGUUCACGCCCUCCAACGCCGCCGAGCCGCGGCACCCCUUCUUCGACGCCUACGCCCCGGAGGUCGAGGCCUUCAGCCGCAAGGCGCUGGGCGUCGCGGACCGCAUCCUGCGCCUGUUCGCGCUCAUCCUCGAGCUGCCCGAGGGCUUCUUCGCCGACGCGCACCGCUACGACGACCCGUCCGACGACCACCUGCGCUACAUGUGCUACCACCCGCGGCCCGAGGCGGACGACGCGAAAGUGGACAACACGUGGGCGCGCGCGCACGACUUCGGGUCGCUGACGCUGCUGUGGAGCCAGGACGUCGCGGGCCUGCAGAUCCGGACCGCGUCGGGGGAGUGGCGGUACGUGCCGCCCGUCGACGGCGGCAUCGUUUGCAACGUCGGGGACACGCUCGACUUCUGGUCCGCGUCGUACCUGCGGUCCACGACGCACAGGGUCACGCGGCCGCCGCCCGACCAGGUCGGCGGGAAGAGGCUGGGGCUGUUCUACUUUGUGCGGCCGGGCAACGACGUCGACAUCAAGCCGGCGCCGUCGCCGCUGCUCAAGAGGCUGGGGCUGGUCAGUGAGAAUUCCGAGGAUGCUGCGCCGGUCAAGGGCCUGGAGUAUGUGCGGACGAGGGUCAAGGACUACCACAACAGCACUGACUAUGGGGACCGCAAGGGCCAGACCUUCAAGGUGGGCAAUCUGGAGAUUGUUGAUGAGGCGGUGUGA